AUGCGUCUGAACUCCGUGGAUGACCAAUCUUCAGCCGGCUCCGAUAAACUGGAGGGUUCGGGUGACCUUUCCGAAAGAGUGGUUUCACGCACCAAACGCUGGGAACCUGAAAUGUCUUCACCGCCUUCUGGAACAGACACGCAGCGACGAAGCCCUUCUAUGGCCGACUUUGUGGAGGACUCAGCGGUAAUUAAAGCCGUUCACUCAAGAACGCGAAACGUGCAAACCUCAGAAGACCGACGACUGUCAUCGGAAGGAAGAACAGGAAUUUCGAACGUUCAGUUCAAUAACUGGUAUGAACACGUUGAGGAUUCUUGGAGAAAGAUAAAUAGAGGGCAAACAUUAUCUUCAGAGCACGUCUACGCACUUCCCACCGGGGGGAGUGAUCAACUUAAUGGAAAUCACAUAGCAAAGAUUUCAACAUGUGGUGGUUGUGUUAACGAAAAUGUCACCGUAGUUAACUGUCCAAAUUUCGCCCCACAAAUUCACCCUUCAUCUACAAAAGAUAUGACCCCAUUGCAGGAAACACCGACGAAGCGGAAAGCCUCACAUGCAAUAAAAGAUAUACUUGGAGAUCAGGUGCAGGGGGUCGAAACAAAAGACAAUUCAGCGGCGCAGGUUGAAAUAUCGAGUCGUGCCGAUAUACCAAUGGAGGCACAAACAAGUUGGGGGUACAGUGCAGCUUUUAUGAGAUUCUAUGCUGCGUGGCAGGAGGCUAUUCAACACCAGCGUAUUCAUCCUGCAGUGGCUGAAAUGAAGCGCGAAAAUAUGACGACGAACAAGUCCGAAAACCAUUUAAUACAGUCUUCACUAUUACUUGAUGCACCAUAUAAGUUUUCACCAUCCGCACUAGUGGAUUUUAUCCCAGGAGUUCAGGGGCCUACAAUGACUAAUCCACUGUCUCCUCUGCGCUGGUUAGGGCCGAUGUCAAGUCGUAUUACAUCUGAGUUCCCAAUUAGCUCUACGUCGACAUCCUCUGAAAACCAUCCAAAAGACUGCACCAUUCCAGCUCCUCUGGUACACUCUUUGUCUGCUGGUCUAACUUCAGAGCAACUGUUAGGUCUGGCGGCAGCUGCAGUGGCAGCUAGCGGUGGAGUGAAGGAAUCGCCAUCAACAGCUUUUCUCCCAAGCCAACUAUUGAGUAUUUUAUCUACCUCCAGUGGAGUCUACAACAGUCAGCAAACACCAGCCAGUGAUUCGCACGAUAUGGACGGAGGCGACUCGCUCCUCACUUUAGGAUCAGCAAACGCGACUUCCAGUCUGUUCAGUUUGCCUUAUUCGUCCCCUCCUUUACCUCACCUUCCGAUGCAACCCAGGUCAGCAACUCAACCACCAUGCCAAUCCAACGUGCCGUUUUGGCCACGAUCACAUGAUUUUUCGGUAGACAAAGAUGGCAAACGCAAGCAUACUCGCCCAACGUUUUCCGGUCAGCAGAUUUUCGCACUUGAAAAGACAUUCGAGCAAACCAAGUACUUGGCAGGUCCGGAACGUGCUAGAUUAGCCUACUUUCUUGGCAUGUCGGAAAGUCAAGUAAAGGUCUGGUUUCAAAACCGACGUACAAAAUGGCGCAAAAAGAAUGCCGCAGACAUGGUCACCUCCCGAGCAAAAUCCUAUCAUGAUCCGCAUGGAUCAUCCGGAAUUUUAACCUCAACUGUAGGACAAAUCUCGACGAACGGUGCGUCAUACGCUGAGAACAUGGAGGUGGGCAGUGGUAGUUUGAGUGGUGAAGACAGUCGGUCAUUAGAAGAGAUGUCCGAACACAAGUAUGGACGAACCACAAAACAGGAGUGGCACGGACUACCUUAUGACGUCGGGACAAAUCCGCCAUUCAGCGUAAAUGAAGCCGCUUCAAACGACAGCCAUAUCAGUGUGAAAGAAGAGAAACCCGAAUCGGCCACACAAAGACCUACUGUCAGUGAUGGAAUGCUCAAGAACGACCCAAGCAUUACCAAGCCUCCUACUAUUUCUGAAAAUCCUGGAAUGAUGGCUUCAGCGUUUCCCUGGUUGUCCACAAUAGGAUCUCAACAAUAUUUUGAUUUCAACACAAUCCCAGUCAAACAAACGACUGGUGUCAAUCGAAUGCAUGUAUUUCCUAGCUUAAAUUGUGCAAUUUCGAAUUUCUUACCAGCUGAAACUGGCGAGAGACAUACAAACUGCGAAUCCGGAGAAUACCGAUCCGCCGCUUCAGAUUCCCAAUUAUCAGUGCCAUUUUCCCCAACCCGUUCAGAUGGUAAUCCCCGAAGUCAACAAGUGCAAGGCAGAGCAGCUCAUACGGAUAAUAUUGUUCAGUUUCCUUGUCCAUCAACACCAACCCCAGCAAAUGCAGUUCCUAGCCCUCUUUCACCAAACCCAACACGGUCUGUGGACAACUCACAUCACACUACAAAAAACGAAUCGCUAUUCACUAAGCACAUGCCCUCUUCUAAGAACUCCUACGUUCUUACACAUUAA